AUGGCAGCUCACCGGCCCGACACAGAAUGCGACUCUGUCCCAAACGUUGAUCUCUCAAACUUGAAUGUUCGUGCACGAAUCGCGCUCUUCCUUCCUAGGAUUCAAGGUCGUUUCUCAGUCGGUGUAACGACCUUCGUCACUCCUGUUCGACCACCCCAGUCCAUAGGAACAGCCAAACUCAAACGCAGUGCAGGAAAGAAGCAGGAACAGCCUAGUCACGCUCUCUUCCUCGAAGAGGUCGCGUUUACCGCAUACUACCCAGCGGACGUGUCCGCUGCGUCGAAGAAGGGCGUCCCAUGGUUCCUACGGCCUAUUAGAGAAUCUCUGCAUGGAUUCGCCGCGUUCCUUGGGUUACCCAGUUGGCUUCUGUGGCCAGUGGUGUACCUUUUUGGAGCCUUUCUCAGGAUCCCUGCUUAUCCGAACGCACCUCUUCUCAGUCCCUCAAAGGCAGAUAUUAAUGCAUCGCAAUGGCCGUUGGUCAUUUUCUCCCAUGGACUUGGAGGAGGUCGAACUGUUUACAGUCAGUUCUGCAGCCGCUUAGCGGCCUCUGGUAAAAUAGUACUCGCCGUCGAGCAUCGCGACGGCACAGGCACGGUAUGCAUGCCCCGAUCCUGGAACCAAGGAAUGAAGUCCGGACCGCGGCCAAUAUUCUAUCUAAGGGAGACGGAUAUUCAUUGGGACGACAGUGACAAGAUUGACACCCAUCCCAUUCCCUUGCGAGGUCAACAGCUCGUAUUCCGACACCAUGAAGUGCAUAUCGCGUACUCAACCUUUUGCCGCUUCCUCCGCAACGAUCCAACCCUAGACCUCGAGACCAUCGAUGGGAGUCCAUUCGAUAAAUCAAGCUGGCUAAGUUCUGAUCAAUCAUCUGAUGCUGCGAAAGUACGGUAUCAGGACGGCAUCGUCUUUACUGGACACUCGUUUGGAGGGUGCACUGUCCUUUCGCUACUUUCCACCGAGCCAUUGGAAGGGUACGCGGCAAUCCCAGUCGAACGGGUGGUGAUCCUAGACCCUUGGCUAGAGCCUCUGCCAUCCCCUGGUCCCACGCCAUUCCCACGAAAGAAGGCUACAGAUGAAGCAUCAGUAGCUGAAGAGUCUGUUCGAUCUUCAGUUGAAGGAGUGUUUGCCACGGAAAAUGGCACACCGAACGGGAGAUCGCUGCACCCCCGCAUGCUCGUCAUUAAUUCGGAGGCCUUCACUAUAUGGAAGGAUCAUUUUGCAAGACUGCAGGAGGUUGUUGCCGGCUGGGAACCUGAAGGCGGAAAAAUUCUAACACUAGUUGGCUCCGCUCAUGUAUCGUUCUCCGAUUUCCCUGUCCUCCCCAUCAUUCGCAAGAAAACUGCACAACCUAUCUUAGAUACGAUUGCGAAGUUGUCCCUCGCGUUCCUCGAGGAUAAAUUAGACGAGGCUCUGGAAACCCUCCCGAAGACUAAGAUGGAAGUCAAGAUUGUAGGGGUCAAGAAGGAUGGAAAACCUAAACGAAAGCUAGUAGGUAAUGUGGGAGACGUCAUUGUACUUUAA